UUACGUUCUUAUCGAUGACGACGAAAUUGCCAAACAUUUGUAUUAAGUAGCAAAUUUAAGCAGAAAAACAACAGAAAUACACCUUAUUAACUGUUUAACUGCUGUUUAACAGUAAAAGCAACAAAAACAAAACAAAACACGGCCGAAUUACGAAACAAAAGCACAAAAGGAAAACAGCGUUUAUUUUCUUUAAUGUAGUUGUGCAAGUCAAAGGUUAAUGCGUUUGGAGUAACAACAGGCGGGCUAACUCAACUGUUUAUCGGCCUAAAUUGCCAAGCGACAGUAGCGCCAUCUAACAGUCGCAAUGGGUCAAACGCUGUCGGAGCCUGUCACCGCGAAGGAGUCAUCGUAUUGCCAGAAUUGUCUGUAUUGCGUCGGCAGCAGUUGCAUGCAGGGCUGGCGCAUCAACAUGGAGGAUUCGCACACACACAUUUUAUCGCUGCCCGAUGAUCCGAAGGCGGCCUUCUUUGCCGUCUACGACGGACACGGGGGCUCCACUGUCGCCCAAUAUGCCGGCAAGCAUUUACACAAGUUCGUUCUGAAGCGACCCGAAUACAAUGGCGAUAUUCCCAUGGCUCUGAAGCAGGGUUUUCUGGACAUUGAUCACGAGAUGCUGCACAAUGAGUCGCUGGGCGAACAAAUGGCCGGUUCAACGGCCGUGGUGGUGCUCCUCAAGGAUAACAUGUUGUAUUGUGCGAAUGCUGGCGAUUCUCGAGCGAUUGCCAGUGUAAAUGGGGUCGUGGAAUGGCUAUCAUCCGAUCACAAGCCGAACAAAGCGCUGGAAACGAAGCGAAUCGUGGAAGCGGGCGGCUGGGUGGAAUUCAAUCGAGUCAACGGCAAUCUGGCACUUUCACGAGCACUGGGCGACUUUGUGUUCAAGCGAGCGAACAACAAAAAACCAGAAGAACAAAUUGUGACAGCCUAUCCGGAUGUCGAGAUACGACAAAUAUUGCCGGAAUGGGAAUUCAUUGUGCUCGCCUGCGACGGCAUUUGGGAUGUGAUGAGCAACGCGGAAGUCUUGGAAUUUUGCCGAACACGCAUCGCACUCGGCAUGCAACCAGAGGAGAUCUGCGAGGAGCUGAUGACAAAUUGCCUGGCACCCGAUUGCCAGAUGGGUGGCUUGGGUGGCGAUAAUAUGACUGUUGUCCUCGUCUGUCUGCUGAACAAUAAGCCGUACAGUGAUUUGGUUGCACGCUGCGGGAACUGCUAUAAAUCCAGCUAUCAUCCAGAUGCUGUCAAUAAAGUUGAAACGGAAGCGGAAACGGCUCUGGUAACGGAAUCAUGCGAUACGCCCAUUGCAACGGAACUUUAAAAACAAACAAAAAAUCAACAAAAACGACAAACAAAGAAAAACCGGCAUUAAAUCCGCUGCUGGCAGCACAGCUUUUUUUCCAACAGCGCCUUAAGUACUCUGUACUUUAUAUGUACUCGCUACUUUAAGUGUACUUAAAGCGACUGUUCUUAUUAGUCUCCUGGUUAAGUUUGUGUUACAACUACUCGAUGCUCGUCUGCGGACUCGUACUCGAUACUUUAAUUGUAGUCAAUGAUCAAUAUGUGUUUGUGUACUUAAAGCGCCUGCACAAAUUGCUGUGGUGAAUUACGCGAGUAACGAGUUCGAGUAUCGAGUAGUUCUAACGCAAACUUGAAACAGGAGCGAAAGUUCUGCUUAAGUUUGCCUUACAACUACUCGAUACUCGUUACUCGUUACACGUACAAUCCUCCACAGCACUUUUUGUUUUGUUGCCCCAAAAAAUUAAUUGCUGUUCAAAAAGUAAGCAAAAAAAAAAAAGAAUUGUAUUAAUCGUUUAGUAUUUGUGCAUUGAGAAAGUUCGAUUUUUUUUGGGUUUGGUCUUUUUAAGAGAAAAAAUUUAAUAUAUAUAUAAUAUAUGUGUAUGUACUAUGUAAUAAAGAGAAAGGUUUUGUAGCGCCCAAGAAAAAAACAUAAAAAUUCGUUGUAAAUUCCAUUAAGUAAAUUUCGGGAUUCAAAGUAGUCGUCGUCAUCUAUGCUAGAAGCUUUUUUACAACGCAAUAAUAAUAUGAGAUUUAAAAUACACAAAAUUAGCAAAAGCCUAAAAA